AUGGAUAUUCUUAAUGCAUUUCAUCGUUUACCUCCAAUAAGUUAUUUUGGUAUUCGACGUGAUGAUGAUUUUGCUGAUCGAUUAAAUUAUAAAUAUACUGUAGGUAUAUUAAUAUUUUUUUCCAUAGUUGUUGCUAGUAAACAAUUUUCAACUGAUCCAAUACAAUGUUGGGUACCAGCUAUAUUCACUCGAAAUUAUGAAAUAUAUGUAUCCAAUUAUUGUUGGAUACACAAUACAUAUCAUAUAAACAUUAGUGAACCAACUAUGAAACGAGCACAAGAAAAACGAUAUGUACUACGAUAUUAUCAAUUUGUUCCAUUUAUUUUACUACUACAAGCAUUGUUCUAUUUACUUCCACGUUUAUUUUGGCGUUCAUUUAGUCGUCAUUCAGGUAUUGAUGUACGAAAUAUAAUAGAUGCAGCACAUAGUCUUAAAACAGUUAAACGUUUUCAUAAACAGAAAUCUAUAAUGGGAUAUCUUGUUUCAUUUGUACAUCAAUAUGUUGGUGAUCCAAGAAAACAUUUAAAACAACAACAUAGUAAAAUUAAUGCAUAUCUAAAUGGUUUAAUUUAUUGUUUUUUUCGAAGUUCAAAUGUUUUUAAUUCAUAUUUACUUCUUCUUUAUUUAUUUACAAAAAUUUUAUUUAUUAUAAAUACAUUUGUUCAAUUAUAUGCUAUAAGACUUUUACUUGAAGAAAAAUGGACGGUUAAUGACACAUUAAAAGGUUUUAGAAAUAUAUUUACAGCUGGUAUAUUACGUACAAAUCCUGUAUCAAAAUAUUUUCCAAAAAUAAGUAUGUGCGAUUUUAGAAUUAUUGAACCAAAUAGUGAUGAUGGACAUAAAUAUACUGUUCAAUGUGUUUUAACUAUAAAUGUAUACAAUGAACAAAUCUUUACUCUUUUAUAUAUUUGGAUGAAUUUUGUUCUUAUUAUAACAAUAUAUGAUUUUUUAUCUUGGUUAAUAUUUUUAUUAUUACCACGUCUUCGUUAUUCAUUUUUUAUUCAACGUAUUCAAGUUCAACAAAGUCUAACAACUGUACGUGCUGGUAUGCAUGUAUUUGUUUAUGAUUAUUUACAACAUGAUGGAUUUUUUAUUUUUCGUCUUAUAUAUGCAAAUGUUGGUGAUGAUGUAACAUCAACUAUUUUAACAAAUUUAUGGAAAAAUUUUCAACGUGCUGAUAAAGCAACAUUAAUUGAUAAUACAACAAUAAAUUUGGGUGCAACUGUUUCAUUAACAGCAACAGGAAAUCGAGGAUUAUAUAAUAGACAAGAUGGUGGUGAAGGAUCAAUAUUUGAUUAUUCAAAAACUAGUACAAAUCUUUAA